AUGGCGUCAUUUCAUCUUCUUUCAUCUCCACUUCCCUUUCGCUACUCUCAAGAUUCUUUCUUCCAUCCCUCAGAGCUGGGAAAUGCGAGUUCUAAAGUUCUAAAAUUUCAAAUUCCUUUCAAAUUUACUCCUUUUCACCAGAUAAAGCUACACCCAGUCAGAGUGUCCGUUAAUGGCGACAAUGGAGCUAUUGAAACCCCGAGCCCAGCACGCCGAGGCAGGAAAAAGAAGCCCCAGUCUUCUCCCUCUUCGUCUUCCUCGUCUACCGCAGCAAAACAAUCGAAGCGCUCGAAAAAGACCAAAGUCGAAAAUGGCACAUUGGAAGUGAAACCUGCGGAAGAAAUAGCAAACGAAGGUGAAACAACUGAAGAAAGCAAAACCCCAUCUUCGUCCUCUUUGUAUUCCUUUGCUGAUUCUCCAGCAAAAGAAUCCAUGCGUUGGAGAAGAACCCUUGUCGAACUGGGCGCAUUUCAAGCGAAACCUGCGAUAGAAACAGCAAACGAAGCUGAAAUAACAGAAGAAGAGGCAGAAAAUUACGACGACGGUAUGGAUUUUUCUUAUGACGACCCGCCAUUAAUAUGCUGCUUCGGCGCUGUACAGAAGGAGUUCGUCCCCACAGUGCGGGUGCACGAAUACCCGAUGGACCCGGACAUCUACUCGGAGUGGAAAAUGCUGCAAUGGAAGCCGCCGGAGUUCGGGAGGGCUCCGGGAGGACCGGUGUCGAAUGUGGCGAUUGCCCAUGUCCGGCUCGGCGGGCGAGCGGCAUUCAUGGGAAAGGUUGGGGACGACAGUUAUGGGGAUGAGUUGGUUUUGAUGAUGAACAAGGAGAAGGUUCAGACGCGGGCUGUGAAAUUUGAUUCCAAUGUGAAGACUGGAUGUACGUACAUGAAGGUGAAGUUUGAGGAUGGGAAAAUGAAGAUGGAGACGACUAAAGAGUCGGCUGAGGAUUCACUUAGAAGCUCUGAACUGAACCUUUCUGUUCUCAAAGAGGCAAGGCUUUUCCAUUUCAAUUCAGAAGUUUUAACAUCCCCUUCAAUGCAAUCAACCCUCUUCAAAGCAAUUGCAUUGUCUAAGAAAUUUGGAGGCCUUGUGUUUUUCGAUCCGAACCUCCCUUUACCUCUGUGGAAAUCACCUGAUGAGUCAAAAGAAUUGAUCAAUAAAGCAUGGAGUGAAGCUGACAUUAUUGAAGUUUCAAAGACUGAGCUAGAAUUCCUUCUUGAUGAAGAAUAUUACGAGAGAAAGAGAAAUUACAGACCUCAAUACUAUGCUGAGAACUACGAAGAAACCAAAAAACAUCAGCAAGAUUAUUAUCAUUACACUCCUGAGGAAAUCUCUCCUCUGUGGCAUGACAAACUUAAAAUCUUGUUUGUGACGGAUGGAACAUUUAGAAUUCAUUAUUAUACCCCUAGUUUUGAUGGGGUUGUGAUUGGAACUGAAGAUGUUCUAAUAACUCCAUAUACAUGCGAUAGAACUGGUUCCGGCGACGCAAUUGUGGCUGCUCUUAUACGAAAGCUGACCUCAUGCCCAGAAAUGUUUGAAAACCAAGACAUUUUGGAGAGACAACUUCGCUUUGCGGUUGCAGCUGGAAUAAUAGCACAAUGGACCAUUGGUGCGGUAAGAGGCUUUCCCACAGAAAGUGCUGCGCAGAAUCUUAAAGAACAAGUUUAUGUGCCUUCAAUGUGGUGACAAAUAGAUGGUUUGUG